AUGACGGGCACAGCAGUUGCGGCGGACAGUCCGGCUCGGGCGCUGCAGUCGCAGAUUGAUGUGCUCCAGCGGGAAUUGUACGAGAGCGUCACGAAACUCUUCGCUGAUGGAAAUGUGAAGAAGAACAGUCACUACACCGCCCGCCAUGCCGUCAUCACGGAGGCCAUUCGCAAUGGAAAACUCCCCCGCACCUUUUGGGCAGACGCCAUCAUCGCCGUCCUCAACACUCCAGAGGCAGGAACAGCCGAUAAUAAUAAUAAUAAUAAUAAUAAUAAUAAUAAUAAUAAUAAUAAUAAUGAUAAUAAUAAUGAUAGCGAUCGGCUGCUUGGUCCAUAUGAUGCUCAUCUGCUGCGGGAGUAUUUGGAGGAUAUGAAGGUGGUCUACACACCGACAGGUGUGCGGGUGGCACUGCAGUUUAAACCGAAUCCAUUCUUUGAAGAGACGGAACUGUGGGGAGAGGAACAGCAACAUGGAACGGUGAAGUGCCAUAGUCAUGGAAACGACUGUGGUUGUGAGAAGAAGGAGGAGGAAACUAAUAAUAAUAAUAAUAAUAAUAAUAAUAAUAAUAAGGAUGAAGAAGAAGAGGAUGAAGAAGAUGAUGGGGACUACAAUUGUAACUUCUCUGGUAUUACAUGGAAGCCCGGUCAUGGUCCAGAGAUGGAAGAUGAUGAUGAUGAAGAUAAUAAUAAUAACAACAAUAAUAAUAAUAACAAUAGUAAUGAGAAGGAGAGAAAGCGUCCUCGUACAUCUGACGGUGAAAUGCCAACACGUGGAUGGAGUUUCCUCGAUGUCUUCAGCAAGAUGCUUCCACACCCCGCCGAUGAUGAGGCCUUCGACAAUGAUGAGGAUGAAGAAGAUGAUGAUGAGGAAUUUGAAGAGGCUGUGGAGAAGUGGGAGACAGAGAUGGAUGACCGCAAGGAAUUGUUAAUGUUGUUAGUCGAGGAUGUAUGGAUGGAUCCCAUCAACGCCUACACAAAGGGAAAGAAGACAGAGACAACAACAGAGAAAAGUGAUCCAGCAGCACAGAAGACAAGAACAGAGUAA